CUACGUGACGCUUUUUUGCUUUCCGUGUAGUUGUGCAAAAUGGCUGCGCUCAUGGAAGAACGUGAAAUACGCGAGGAAGACGCCUGGAAAUCGACGUUUCGAGAGCUGGGGGUCACUGAUGUCUUGUGUGAUGCCUGUGAACAACUGGGAUGGAAACAGCCAACCAAGAUCCAGAUAGAGACUAUUCCCAUUGCUCUACAAGGACGGGAUAUAAUAGGUCUUGCUGAAACAGGUUCUGGAAAGACUGGUGCCUUUGCUCUCCCAAUACUUCAGGCAUUGCUAGAAACACCGCAACGACUUUUUGCCUUGGUUCUUACUCCUACCAGAGAGUUGGCUUUCCAGAUCUCAGAGCAAUUUGAAGCACUUGGGUCAUCUAUUGGAAUAAAAACUGCUGUUAUUGUAGGAGGCAUUGAUAUGAUGUCACAGGCUUUAACAUUGGCAAAAAAACCUCACAUUGUUAUAGCCACUCCUGGACGACUUAUUGAUCACUUGGAAAAUACUAAGGGAUUCACUCUUAAAAUGCUGAAAUAUUUGGUGAUGGAUGAAGCAGAUCGUAUCCUCAAUAUGGACUUUGAGACUGAGAUGGAUAAAAUUCUAAAAGUCAUUUCUCGUGACCGCAAAACUUUUCUUUUCUCUGCAACAAUGACAAAAAAGGUACAAAAACUCCAACGAGCUGCUCUUAAGGAUCCAGUAAAAUGUGCUGUUUCUUCUAAAUAUCAAACGGUGGAAAAACUGCAACAGUUUUAUGUUUUUAUUCCAUCCAAAUUCAAGGACAGUUACCUUGUGUAUGUUUUAAAUGAACUUGCAGGGAAUUCAUUCAUGAUCUUCUGCAGCACCUGUAACAACACUCAGCGUGUAGCCCUUCUACUCCGUAAUUUGGGUUUCACGGCUAUUUCUUUGCAUGGGCAAAUGAGCCAGAACAAGAGGCUUGGGGCACUAAAUAAAUUCAAGGCAAAAUCCCGCACCAUAUUAUUGGCGACAGAUGUUGCAAGUCGUGGCCUUGAUAUACCACAUGUAGAUGUUGUUAUAAACUUUGACAUUCCCACCCACUCAAAGGAUUACAUACACAGAGUAGGACGAACAGCUCGAGCUGGAAGGUCGGGGAAGGCAAUCACUUUUGUCACUCAGUAUGAUGUGGAGUUGUUUCAGAGGAUUGAACACCUUAUCGGGAAGAAAUUGCCAGCCUUCCCAACCCAAGAAGAAGAAGUGAUGAUGUUAAAUGAAAGAGUGUCCGAAGCCCAGAGAUUUGCCCGUGUUGAAUUAAGAGAACUUGGAGAGAGAAAAAAGCGUCCACUGGAAUUCAUAACUCAAGACACAGAAGACUCUUUAGUGAUGAGGAAAAAAGUAGCAGGUGGAAAGUUGAAAAGGAAAGCCCGCUAAUCGGCAAUCACAGGAUCUUGAAAUUGUAAUUUCCCAUUUCUAGAAUGUGUAUAUAGCUAUAUAUACAUGUUAGUCGUAUUGUAUUGCCAUAGCAACUUGUGGAAUGGUUCAGACACUUGGAACAGUGCUGUGUUUACAAAACAGUUUUAAACGUUUGCGCCAGUCACUUAUGUCUCCACAAUGUCUCAUUAUACUUUGUACAAACUUUGUUUAAACUUUUUUGUUUUUCUUAAGAUUAAACAAUUAAUAGGUAAAAGUUAUAGCAGUAUUGGCGUGAAUCAGAUCUUGACGGUAAUGGUUAAUAAAUAUUUCAGUUUAAAGUCUAAA